CUCACUUCGCACCAGCGAUCGCUCGCCGAAUUAACUUACUCCUCCUCGUAUGGGGCCCAUCGAGGGCUUUUUUUUCUCUCAGGCCAAACCGGCUCGAACUGCGACCCCCCUCCCCCCUAUCGGCCCCACUCCCUUUCCAACCGUGUGAUUCUGCCGGUUCCAUCGCUCUAGUCUUCAUCGUGACCCGCCUGUGGUCGCUCGUUUUUGAAGAUCCUGGGAUGGUAUAUCAGAUACAGAUCCAAGGACUGAGGGUCCAAAAGCAUCGUGCCAUUCGCUAAUCAGGCAUGAUCGAGACAUCCCUGGGGGUUUUGACAGCCACCUCAAUCCGACUUCUCAUGCAGUUAUCUCCUUGAUCUGUUUACCGUUAUUAUAUCGCCGUCACGUCCCUUCUCGUGCUCUUCGACUUUGUCCUUUUUCGCUCGUUGCUCCCCCGGUUAAUGUGUCUUGGCCACUGAAGGCCUCAAAUCAGUCCAAAUGGAUCGCGCAGCCGAAUCUGAUUCCUACAAGAUCAUUGCUUGUCAUGCCGCUUUGAUCGCCAUCUCCACGAUUGCCGUCGGCCUUCGUCUAUAUUCGCGUGUCAUUGUGGUCAAGCAUGCAGGAUGGGAUGAUUUUCUUUGUGCGUUGAGCUAUGUGCUCAUUAUGACCGUGAUGAUUAUCGAUCUUGUUUCUUGUGAUUCGGAAUUAGGUCGUCACUGGGAUACACUUAGCAUGAAGCACAUGGAGCAGUUUCUUAAGUAUCAAUUUGCCGUGGAAAUGCUUUAUAUUGCCGCUUUCAUGUCCAUCAAAAUGUCCUACGUUUGUCUCUAUCUUCGUAUCUUCCCUCAUCGGACGUUCCGGAUCAUAAAUUACUGCCUUCUCGCCUUCCUGACAUGCAAUUGGCUCGAGGAGACAAUGGUUGUCGUGUUUCAAUGCCACCCUGUCGCUCAUGCCUUCAUGCCUUUGAUGAAAGGUUCCUGUCUCAACCUACUUACCUUCUACUACGUUUCAUUCGGCAUUAAGCUGGCAACCGACCUGAUCGUCUUCUCCUUGCCGAUUCCAAUGAUGCGAGGCGCCAAUAUGCCAAAGGCCCAGUACAUUGGUGUUCUUGUUAUGUUUACCUUGGGUUUCUUCGUUUGUAUCGUCAGUAUUAUCCGUGCUACUUAUCUCAAAGAUUCCAUCACCGAUGCAACCUGGCUGCUUGUUGACCAAUUGAACUGGUCCGUCAUCGAAGUCAACACUGCCGUCAUUGCCUCUUGCAUUCCUGCUCUCAAGACGCUCGUCAUGCAGUCCUCUGGUAUGCGAAGAUUGCUCGGCAUGUACAGAACGCACGGCGCAAGCUCUCGUGAUCACUAUGAUCUGAAAACGAACAACAUGCCACUUACGGACCUCGGACGUUCUCGUCACGAUAAGCGUGAGCGCAUCUUGGAAGACGGCGAGAGUGAGGAGAACAUCAUGGCCAACGGGUCCGAGCCUGGCCAUGGUGACAUCACCGUCACUACGAAAUGGUCCAUUAUCACCUCGCAACAUGAGGCCAAAUAGACUGAUUACAACAUCCGGGGUCGUACCCCCUCCAAAGUCACUGCCAACUACCCUACAUUCUUUUAUGUCAACGUCGCGGGCGACAUAACUGGCUACCGUCAUCCACAAUAAUUGGACCCUUCACAUUUACAAUCGCUUUAGAGCAGCACGUUUUGUAGAUGUCCUUCUC